AUGCAGCGACUUCGAAGAAGUAGACUUUCGAAUAUAUUCCUUCAAAAUAAAAAACCUUCCACACUGGAUCAAAUAUUCUCAAUUUGGACAAAAGGCAACGAGCGUUUCGAGGACGACCAGCAAAUCGUCGAACGUAUUCAACAUUGGCUGGAAAUAAAUGCUCAAUCUGCCACGACACUCUUUGAAAAAAUUUACAUGGAAUCAUUGCGAGAUAUAACAUACACGCCAUUGCUCGCGUUUUUCUAUCACUGGGGAAUCGGAACAAAAGUGAAUCCAGACGAAACUUUUCAUUGGUAUAAAAUUGCCGCCGAACGAAAUAAUAAUAUGAUUGCACAAAAUCAAGUUGGCGGAUGUUUUAACCAAUGUGUUCUCGUUGAUACCUUCUUGAAUUUAUUAUCCACAAAUCAACUUUCGCAAUUAAAAGCGAAACAACAAAAUCAACCACAUAAGACACCUUUAAUAGAAGAAGUGGCCAUAAUGACACUUGAUAUUCUUCUACCAAGGAAAAAGCCAUUAUUUGCGAAUGGAAGAAGAGCUUCAUUUUGGAGAGUGAUAAAUGCUAUAUUGCGGUUGAUGAAAAAGGACGGGGCGAGGAUCCAAUCAAUUUACGGAAUACCAGAAACGAAUUUUGCUAACGGAAUCAUCGGUUUCUUUGAGAAAAGGCCGGAACUUGCUUCUUGGAUUUCAAAUGUAAAAUCAUAUCGAUUUUUCUGUGGCGCGUAUGAUUAUCCUCGACAUUCGAUUACCAUUCUUUCAAAUAAUUUGAAUACCAUGGAAUUGUGCUUCGGUCGACGACGUGCUGUUGAUCAUUGCGUGAAAUUUUUAGAGAACAUGUCACCUUCCCCAAAUUUAAAGAGAUUUGUUAUCAAAGGAUUCAAGGAAUUUGACAUGAUCGAUAAUUUAUUGAUCGCGUUGAAGUCGGUAGCUCGAAACCUCAUAGAAAUCGAAUUUAUCGAGACAAGUUUUCGAGAUGGUCAAAAUUUUAGUCAUACGGAAGCAAUUCAAUCACUCCGAAUUCUCUCUUUUAUAAAGUGUAGCACAUUAACAAAAAAGAUUUUUGAAUCUUUCUUUAAAAUUCAAAAGCGAUAUUUGUCACAGGUUUAUAUGAUUAAUUGUAAAUCAGUCAGUCAGGAAUUUGUGGAUCUGGUUGAUAAUAUUAAUCGAGAAAAUAAUCAUCAUGUUAUGGCAAAAAAGAUUCGGAGUUAG